AUGAAAGUCAUCAAAUCUGUUCCCCUCACCUUUCUCAGCACUUCUGCUCAGCCUCCGCUGCAACAGCAAGGGAGGCGUCGAUUGGAACCCUUUACCAUUCCGUAUGCUCUCAUGUGGCGUAUUGAAAUUGGUAAUGGAAUCCCUUAUCCCGAUCGAGAGCCCACUCCCGAGGAGUACGAAGGUGUCCGUCAAUCCACUGUGGACUGGUUUAACUCUGCCCAUGAUGCCUUUUACGAGGAUGCUGACUUUACCUUUGUGGAUACUAACUGUGAGUUGGUACCAGAAGAGACCAGCUGGGAUCCUGCCACCAACUACCCGCACAAGAUUCAGAUGCAUUGUUUUGCCAACUUUGACGCCCCUGCCAUUGAAGAUUUGCCUACCAAUGUGGAGUUCCCAAAGGGUAGGCUAUACGAUGACCGAUAA